AUGCUCACUCUGAACACAGGGAUUGAUCUACUGGCAAUAGACGAGGCACAUUGCGUUUCCCAGUGGGGCAACGACUUCAGGCCUGCCUACAGAGCACUCGGCAAAGUUAGGACAUUUCUGCCCGGGGUCUGUUUGAUGGCCCUGACGGCCACAGCCACCCCCGAGGUGCGCAAGGACAUAUGCGUCUCAUUGAAGCUCGUCAAUCCUGUCAUCACUUGCUCGGGAUUUGAUCGACCAAACCUGUUCCUAUCAGUCUGCAAAAAAAGUGGGGAUAUCAUCAGAGACAUUCAAAGUGAAAUGUCAAGGUCAUCAGCUUCAUCAUCGUCACACUCAUCAUCAUCUUCCUCGGGGUCAAAUAAUUUCGAGGGGUCAACAAUUAUUUAUUGCCCGACAAAGAAGAUGGCUGAAGAGGUGGAAUCGUUAUUAAGAUGCAUCAGCGUGCCAUGUGGACUGUACCAUGCUGGACUACCAUUAAAUACCAGGAAGCAUAACCACCACUUAUUCACCACUGAUCAGAUCAAGGUGAUCGUGGCAACUGUGGCAUUUGGCAUGGGCAUCGACAAACCGGAUGUCAGGAACAUUAUUCACUAUGGAGCCCCGAAAGACAUCGAGUCAUACUACCAGGAGAUAGGGAGGGCAGGUAGGGAUGGUCUGAGGAGCAGCUACUUCCUGGGCACCAUAGCCAGUGAGAAGUUCAGGGAGCAUAAGAUGCAGAUGCUGCUGAAGAUGCAGGAUUAUCUGGAAACGACCAAGUGCAGAAGGAGAAUGAUACUGAGUCAUUUUGAGAGCACAUCUCUUCCAGAUCUUGGUCCAAAGCCGAACUGUUGUGACAACUGCACUGCUAGGAUGAAACAGCAACAAAAUCAAGAUUAUAGCGACAGCAAUAACAAAACUAACAGUAGCAGCAGCAGCAAUGGUGUUGGUGGUUGCAAUGAUGAUGACAGCAAAGAAUUUUCAUCAGAGGCAUCAGACCUCUUAUCAUGCAUACAAAUGAUGAAUGGCAGUUUCGGCCUGACGACACCUAUCUUAUUUCUUCGAGGCUCACACGAUCAAAAGGUGCCAGAGAGGUUCAAAUCGAGCCCCUUGUUUGGCCGGGGCAAGGAGAGGUCACUCAAGUGGUGGAAGGCAUUCUCUCGCAUUCUUCUGUCAGAAGGAUAUUUAAAAGAGCAACCAAUAAAAGGUUCGUUUGGGUCGACCGUUGAUCUGACCCAAAAAUCUGUAACCUGGUUGGCCGAUUGGAAGAGACAACCAACCAAUAGCAAGCUUGUUCUUUCUAUGAAUAAAGAACUCAAAGAUAUGGAACAAGCCAAAGACAAUGCAAGGAAGGUGGAGACUUCGAAGACGUCAUCUGCCACAGCUUUCUCGAGCAACAAACCAACCAUUCUCUUGUCAUCAGAAGUGAAAGAUGGUUGGUUGUCCAGUUCGUCACAGGUUGAAAAUAACUUGGUAACUUCUGGUGAGGUCGUUUCAAAAGUUGACCCAAGAGAAGAAAAAUUGAAGUUAGACUUGUACGGUCAGCUGCUGAAAAUCAGAAACAACAUCAGCAACGAUACAGGCCUUUAUAGUUUCAACAUUUUCAGUAACAAGAUACUUCAAGAUAUUGUUAAAUUCAGACCAAUCAACAUAGAUACGUUGAGCAAAAUUGAUGACGUGGCUCAAGAGAAGGCCAACAAAUUUGGUGACCUGUUUAUUAAUUGUGUCAAGGACUUCUGUCUGCAACAUGAUUGGUCGACCAAUUUAAACAACAGCGAGGAUGACGAUCUGCGUGUGACGAGUUCAAGCAACAGAUCGGGAAUUGUUUACUGCGCUGAUGGCGAGAAGGAUGCAGCUGAUGAUGCAUGCAAAUUGACAGCAGAGGAAAAGGAGGCAUACGUCAACCUCUCAGAAACCAUCCAAACAACGUACAAGAUGUUCCAAAUGGAUAACAAAUCUCUUGUUGAAACAUCAAACAUCAGAAACCUCAAACCAUCAACCAUCGUCACACACCUGUGCACUUGCAUCACUUUCGGUUUGCCAGUCAACGCAAGGAGAUUGGGAGUGAGUGCCAGUGACGAGGAGUUAAUUCAUGACGUCAUCAGGAAUCCGCCAAUCAACUCAGACAUAACAAGACUGGGACCCAUCAAAGAACAACUGCCCGAUCAUUCGUUUGAUCAAAUUAAAGUUGUCCUGGCGUUGUUGCAGAGGAAAUUUUCAACAUCAACUGUCGUCAAAAAUGAAGUUGAGCAAUCAGCGCAGAACACUUCGACGACGAUUUCAGCACCAGCCCCGACAACAUUCACAGCAUCAGUUACUCACAAGCAGCAAGACAAUCAAAACAACGACGCUGCACGUUCAGACGGUUCGACUACAUCUCGACCCAACAACAAACGUACCCUCCCAGACUGGACAUCAAACUCUUCAUACCCUCCCAACUCGACUCUUAACAAGAAACUCAAGACCUCUUCCUUUUUUAAGCGAUAGUUGCUCCUAUUCAUUUGUAUAACCAAACACGCGCAUACAAUCACGUACACGCGCGCACACACAAACAUACACUACGUAAACAUCUUGUAAUAAACAUGAAAAAUCUAACUGCCCUGGCCAUAGUUGUCAUUUAAUUCUAAGUAUUUUUAAUUACUAUGUAUUUUUAAAGUAUUUAAUGAAAUUUUUUGAUUCCUCAGCAAUCGUUGGCAACGUUUUUUUGUGCUGAACAACAUUUUUAAAACUGACUUUGCCAUUCAAUCGAUAUAAACGUACGGCUAGUCCGUUUGUGCUUGUGGUAUGUAUGUGUGCAAGUAUGUGUGGUGUGUGUGUGUGUUUACGUGCGUGUGUAUGUAUGUGUGUGUGUUUACGUGUGUGUGUAUUUACGUGUGUGUGUGCUUACGAGUAUGAUUCUUUUGAAUGUUUCAAAUCGAAGAGUACAGUGUUUAACAUGGGUAGCAGAACACAAGUAUCUUUGCAAUAAUAAAUAAAUCAAUCAUC